GAUAUCUGAUGUUAGAUGAGUGGAGGCCGUCAGAGAGAGCAGGGGCCCCCGGUGAGGUCAAGGGCCCCGGAGGAACAGACGCCCCCCACGUCAGGAGCCCAUCAAAGCCCGUCGCUGCAAACCCUGAUAGAGGAGGUCGUGAGCCUCCUCCAGAGUUACCCAGAAGGCAUUGAGGUGUCCCGGCUCACCGCCCUCUACAGACGGGUCUACGGUAAGAGGUUCGGGCCCUUGACCAGCUACGGGCUCUCAGGCCUCCAGGAGCUGUUCCUGCAGAUCGGGGACCGGGUGUGUGUGGAGAGGACACACACUACAAACAUCAUCAGAGCCGUGACCCCGGGGCUCGGAGGUCAAGGUGAAGACUUUGAAAAGAGAUGCAAAGAGGUCGUGGAGUUGGUGAAACGCCACCAGGAAGGGAUUCCUCUUAUAAAAUUAGCAGUGUUUUAUAAUAGGGCGUAUGGGAGACCUCUGAGAAAGAAAGAGUUAGGCUUCUCCUCAAUUGCAGAUUUCAUUGACUCUCUCAGCCAAGAGCUGUACGUGGAAAAGGGUCAGAUCUUCUACAGGAGGGCCAUGGCUGAAGCUUCAGCACCUACAGUUUUCUCAGCACCCGUUCACAUCGAUGGGGUUUGUGAAGACGUUGUGGAGCUGGUUAAGGAAAAUCCACAAGGCAUUUCUCUUAAGUCGUUAUCUACAUUCUUCAAUCAGAAGUAUCGGCGAAACCUCAAAGUCUUAGACUAUGGUUUUAGCUCAAUCCCCGACUUCGUUGAUUCUCUGAGCGACGAGCUCUUGGUGGAGAAAAACAGAGUCUUCCAUAGGAGUCACAGAAGUGUCCCGACACCAACAGUGGACAUCAACCCAACACCUGCGAAUGCAUCCAGCAAAGCAAAUGUAUUGGGAGAUUACUUUGCUCAAAGAGAACCACAACAGAAGAUUGACGAGGACCCAAAGAAGGUUCAGUCCAAACCCGUGGUGGAUGACCAAGUGGUCCGGCCCAAGGCAAGUUUAACCCCCCUUGGUAAUCUGUCAUUUGGCGACUUCCCAGUUCUUGGUUCCAAGAUUCCCAAAGCUGAGGAGAAGAAGCUGAAGGAGGGACGAGGGCUCGUCUUCUACGAGUCCUUCUACAGCCAAGUGAGGGAGGUUCAUGGUGCGCACAUGCGGGCCGCAGACGCCUUGCUGGAAGACGAAAACAACGUUCGGAGACGGAGGAAAGCCAUGAGCGCAAGCGAAGUGAACAGUUUGGCGGAGGACGUCAUGAGAGCCCUUUCAGCCGUAGGAGAGCAUGUGACCAUCGAGAGGGUAAUAUGCAGAGUUUGCUCGCUUCUACAAGUGUCUACUUUGAAAGAUUUGAAGGUGGACGCUCGUUGGCAUCUGCCUGCUGUGCAGGACCUUCAGCGCACCAUCAAGGAGAUCAAUUUGUACAUUGAGUCAGUGGAGGCGGUGUCUUCUGUGUGCACACUUUACGAACUGGGACAGGCUCUGGCCAAUCUGAAGAACAAGAAGCGCUUUGAAGAGCUCAAUCUGGGCCCUCUCUGCAAGAUCCCUCUCAUCCACCGAAUGUUCAAAAUAGAUCCAAAUACUAAAGAUGAUGAUGUACAUCAGAUUGCAACUGUGGACAUUCUCAGGAGUCUCCGAAUGUUUCGGAGAAAAUCCAAGACGCCUAGAAUUGACCUUGCUGAUUUCCUGAAGCACCUUGCAGACCAUUAUAGCUGCGAGUCGCCUUAUGAGCUCGGCAUCAGAAUCCAGAGUCUUGGGUUGCCCAUUUCGACGUUGGGCAAGGCAUCGUCUUUUGAGCAUUUACUCAUGGACAAGGCCAAAGAAGCCAUUCAGAGGGAGAUUCAGGAGGAGGUGGAUGCCAAAAUGUUUAAGAUCAAGAAGAGCCUGCUGGAUCCCGCCCAAGGACCUGUGAUCCACUCCCAGAUGGGAAACUCUGAGCUUAGGAGAAAAUACGCAAAUAUGACCGCCGCCGAAGCAGUCAUGGAAGUCUUCAUCAACUCUGAAGGCGUCUUCAGUAAAGCUAUGAUGAAGAAUAUCCAGGCAUUCCUGUUGUGUGUGAACAAUGACCGGCUAGCUAGAGCCCUAUUCCAGCUUGCUAUAUGCUGUGGCUCCCUGGACGCGCCUCAGGAUCUGGUGGCCAAAGAAAAACCUCAGAGAAAAGCCGAGGCAAAGAAAGCUACGGAAGAGAGAGCAACAGAGAUGCUCCCCACUGAAGCUGACGUGAAGAGCUAUUUCCAGGAUCGCGUGGCUAGCUUCAGUAGCACACCUAGCCUAGCUCAGCUGCGCACGCUGGAGAAGAAGAUCGCAGAACACUUCGGGUGUAAGGACUUCAGUCAGCUGCAGCAGGGAACCUACCUGGACUUCCUCAUCAAGAACAAAAAGAUCCUCCAGGAGGCAGCAGGGGGCGCCGUCACCAUCGACAGCCAAGACCCCGGAGUCAACGGAUUCAGGCCUUGCAGACAAGAUGUGUUUGAGUUCAUCAAGCAGUGCGGGGAGGGCGACGCCAGCAGACUGCCGUUCAUCGAGGCGGCCCUGAGGAGCCACUACGGGAUCCGGGACAGUCGGGAGCUCGGGCACGGCCCCCUGGGUUGUCUUGUGAACUACACGCAGCGGCAGAAAGGUCUGAGCGGGGACGCCGUCGCCAGCGUUGUGCGCUACGAGUGCCCGCUGAUGCCCGCCGGUUCAGGGGAGUGUGUGUCAGAUACGGUGGGUCUGCUGGGCGAGGUGAGCCGCGAUCAGGCGUGUGUGUGUCUGCUGUCGGCUCCUCUUCUGCAGGAUCUGCAGGAGUGGACUCAGUGGGAGCUGGUGUUUCGGCCCGACCUCGGCCCCAUCAAGGACUUCAUCGACAAGCACUGUGGUAAAACGAAGCUGCUGGCUCUCGAGGUGUCUCCCGGUGUCCUGCUGAGAGUCACCACCGAUACCAGUGACAAGCACUUCUCCGAGUCGGCUCAGGCUCUGGACCCGGUCGGCACCGCUGGGCACCUGGUCUCCAUUGUGGUGUCUGAUGGGAUACCGAACACGCCCACGGCGCUCUUAGCCAAUCACAUGGAGAGUGCGCUGAACGUAGCAGUUGCACAGGAAGGACUAGCGCCCGGGGAAGAGGAGUACUCGUGCGGCGGCGUGGCCCGCUUUGUGCUCGAAUGCAUCGCAAGGAUUCCCACGAGGAUCUGCAAGGAACUCCUGCAGCAGGUGUUUCUGGAGCCGCUCUCUAAAGUGCUCGGUCAGGCCAAAUCUAAAGCGCUCCUGCUGGACGCCGCCCGGUCCAACACGCGUCACCUGACCAAACUGCAUCAGAUGGGGCUUCUCCUGGGCAUCACCGAGUGGAGAGGAGACUUCAGCAGCAAACUGGUGUGUCCAGCUCGGCCCGAAGCGCUCGCACGCCUCAAGAAGUUUGUGGUGGAGGACUCGAUGAGCGAUGUGUCUUCAGUGCUGAGUCUGAGCGAGAUGGAGAACGACGAGCGAGCGCCCAGCUCUUCCCCCAGCAGCCCGAGAGCAGCGCCACCGCAGGACAGUGAAGAUGAGGAUGAUGAUGAUGAUGAUGAGCAGAUGUACGAGCUGGUGUCUGAGGGCAAUGCAGAGACGGACGGCAGUGAGGAAGAGGAGGAGGAGGGCAGAGAAAACUCCACGACUGAUGAUGAAGCAGAGGAAGAAGAGGACGAAGAGCUCGACCAACACAGAGCCAUCAUAGAGGACAUCAGGAAGGCUGAGUUCGGCAUCGGCGUGGAGCUGAACGAGGAGGGCCAGACCCUGAUGAGGAAGCAGCAGGCGAGACUGGGCCGCAGUCUGGAGCGCCUCUCCACCGAGCUCUACAGCAAAGACACACACUUCGUCCUGGAGCUCAUUCAGAACGCUGAUGACAACAGCUAUCCUGAAGGUGGAGAGACACCGGCUCUGAUGUUUGUGGUGGAGAGAGACUGCAUCACCAUCAUGAACAACGAGAGCGGCUUCGAGGAGAGCAACGUGCGGGCCGUGUGUGACGUCGGCAGGAGCACCAAAGGAAAACACAAAUAUGGAUACAUCGGACAAAAGGGCAUUGGCUUUAAAUCAGUUUUUAAAGUCACCGACUGUCCUGAGAUCCACUCCAAUGGCUUCCACAUUAAAUUCGACAAGACCAGCGGCCCCAUGGGAUACAUCUUACCACACUGGGUCGAGCAGGAGAGGCCCGUGAGCCAAGCUGCCAAGGACAUCGCAGAACAGAGAUGGACGACAAAGAUCCACCUUCCCCUGCGGUCGGAGAACUACCAGACUAAAAACCUCUUCCAUGAUGUCCAUCCCUCUCUCCUUCUCUUCCUCCAUCGUCUGCGCUCCAUCACUAUCUUCAAUGAGGCCGAGAAGCGUUUGGUGUCGAUGACACGCCGAGAUUUGAGCCAUAACAUCCUGGAAGUGUCUCACAGCGGUGGAGAAGAGCGUUGGCUGGUGGUCAAGAGAAUGCUUUACCCCAAAAAGAUUAAAGAGGACGUGGAGUCGACAGAAUUGGCCCUUGCGUUUCAGCUCAGCGGAUCGACUUCCUGUGACGUGAAGCCGGAGAAACAGCCCGUCUUUGCCUUUCUUCCUCUGCGCAGCUUUGGUUUCCGGUUCAUCAUUCAAGGGGAUUUCGACAUCCCGUCCUCCAGAGAAGACGUGGACCGGGACAGUUCCUGGAACCAGUGGCUCCGCUCCGAGAUCCCACUACUGUUCGUUCACGCCAUGGAUGUCUUCAGUCAACACCCAGAGUUCAGAGGGCUCGAAGGACUCUGUUACUUUCUGCAGUUUAUCCCUCAACCGAGCGAGAUCCUGGACUUCUUCAACCCCGUGGCCAAUCAGAUCCUUCAGUUGCUGAAGGGCAGACCGUGCCUCCCUGCGAAAGAGGACCGCGAUGGCGGCGUGGAGUUCAAGCAGCCGUCGCAGCUCGCCGUGUGUCCGGACCGCCUGAUCCAGGAGGUGAUUGGAGGAGAGGAUCUGUGCCGGAGCCUGAGCCUGUCGUACCUCCAUCCGGCGCUGCAAUCUCGCCUCUCCAGCUCCCUGCUCACAGCGCUGGGCGUGCAUCGGCUCCGCGCCGCCGAGAUCAUCACCGUCACCUGCUCCAUGGCCAGAGAACUCGUGCAGCACGGCCGGCUCAACUCAGAGCCCGAUCUGGCGCGGCUGGCCCGGCUGCUGGUGUGUGGCCUCCGCGCGCUGGAGCCGGAGUAUGAAGUGGACGCGCUGCUCCAGACGCUCAGAGAGGUUCCCAUGAUCCCGCUGGCCGACGGCAGUGUGGUUUCCCUGAGUUCAGAGGGAGUCUUCUUCCCUCUCAGUGAUGUGACGCAAGCCGGCACAGAUCUGAAGGCUCUGUACCAGGACCUGAACACCGUGGAGCCGCGGCUGCUGGCGUGUCUGGACGAGCUGGGGAACUCGCAGGUUCGGGAGGUCCUCCGCAGACUCGGCGUUCACGAGCUGGAGCCUCAGCAGGUCCUGCAGCAGCACAUCUACCCCGUGCUGAGGAGCAACGCCUGGCAGAAAAAGCCCAAGGAUGUUGUGGUCAGCUACCUGGUGUUCAUCAAAGCGCACUCUCAGGAUCAGGACUACAGGAGCCUCGCCGCACACAUACCUGUGCUGACCAGCGAGGGCUUCCUCUUCCCUUCACAGAGCAAAAUACAGUUCUCCAGCCAGUACGGCAACAUCGACCUUCCCAGCGUGCUCCCUGGUGUGGCGUGGGUCCUGCUGGACGCCUGCUACCUGGCGGCCGAUCGAGACGUGAGCGGAUGGAGAGAGCUCUUCAGUUCACUGGGCGUGCGAGACCUUCUGAUCUUCAGGAAGGAGAAGCGCACAUUCACUACAUCUGAACUGGCGUCGAGCCCGUGGGCGGUGGAGAGCGAGCUGUGGCCGAAGCCUUCGGAUGGGCGUUACGUCAUCGAGGAUCAUCACUGCGCUGAGUUUCAUACGCUGGCCACCGCCGAUCUGCCGGCGAACACUAAACUACAGCAGAGACAAGCUCUCAUCAACCUGAUGGACAAGCACUGGAAUGCUGGAGAGAGGUUCUCGCAGUAUCUGCGGGCGCAGGUGUUGGACAGCGCGGGCCGCCCCGUGCGAGAGGCCCGGUCCUCCUUCCAUCACUUCCUCAGGCAGCUGCCCUGGGUCCCAGCGUACAGGCCGUCGACCCCCGAGAGCCGGCCCGUGACCUUCCUGCAGCCCACGUCUGUCUACGUCUACUCCGCGCACGUGCACCAGCUCCUCGGCUCACACGUCGAUUAUGCACACGCCGUACAGACGCCCAGCGACUUCACCAGCGCCAUAGGAAUGAGACACAGUGUGCACGUGGAGGACAUGAUUGGCUAUCUGAAGCGCUGGUGCACGAAGGUGUCCGAGGAUCCGUGUGACGAGCCCGAAGGAGCCGACUUCAGCUCUACUGUGGGUCACAUCCAUGCAGUGUACCAGUACCUGUACGCCGAGUGCACUAGCGCCCAGAUCCGAGACCUGUUCCAGCACUCGCCCGCCGUCUUCAUCGAGUACGACAGGACGGACGAGUGGUGCUCGGGGCGCUUCUAUCAUCUUAAAGAGGUUUGCUGGUGGGAUCCGACGGGGAUGUUCCAGAGAUACAAGGAGUUGAUCCGGCGGCCCGACAGCGGCGUCCAGGAGCCCAGAGUCUUGGCUCCGCUCUAUAAUGGGUUGCAGGACAUGAAGAGCAUGUUCAAGUCGCUGAGAGUGGAGCAGAACCCCUCGAUGAAGCAGUACGUGUCCCUGCUGGAGGCCGUGUGCGAGUCCUCUCCGCUCGCCACAGGAGACGUCGUCCAGGACGUGUCCGUCAUCUUCGCCAAACUGGCUGAUAAAUGUAAAGUCGGUGGCCACGGAGAGCAGGACCAGGACACGCCGCUGAACUCCACGUACUGCAUCUCUCUGAAGGAAAUGGUGUCCCAUAAACGAGUUUUCCCCACCAAGACUAGCGGAUGGGUCACGCUAGCUCGCAAGCCCAUGAUCGCGGACAGCGCACACUUGGAGAAGAUCUUCAAAUCGCACGGUUCGGUUUGUUUGCUGAACCUGCCGUCCGCCGCCAGGAGAGCCGCCAGCAGAUCCAGGCCGGAGACAGGAAAGCCGGAGAAGGAGUUGUUCAGCGAGCGCGAUCGGGAUCUGUUCCUGCAGAUCUGCGGCGUACAGAAACUCUCCCGCUGCGUGACCACCGAAGCGCAGACCGAGCUGUACCGGCCGUGUCCCGCACUGCAGGCGCUGGUCCGACAGCUCGUCCCGUACAUCCAGAGGUUCAUCUUCCACCAUCCGGACUUUGAAGACAUGUACAGUGAGCUGAAGGAUUCUGGGAUUGCCAAACGCAUCAGCUCGCUGAGUUUCGGACAGGUCGGGAAGCUGUAUAAUCAUUAUCGGCUCGAGGUGCCGGACGAAGACCCGAUCUUCGAGAGCGAGGAUAUUAUAUGUCUCCUGAAAGACAAAAAAGAGCUGUACAUCCACAAAGAUCAUCUCUCAGCGCGACUGGACAUCUGCAGAGAGCUGGUGAAAUUGUUCACCACUGAGAAGCCGUUUGCCAAAGAGCUGGAGCGCUUCCUCCAGGGCCUUGUUUCAUGCAUAAACGACCGAGCAGAUUUAAAGAGGCUUCUGGACCGGGAAAACGCUCAAGAACUGCCCGAGUCCGAGGAGCCGUGGGACGUCCCGGCGCCGCCAGCGGUGGAAGCGCGAACCGAAGCCCUCGUUCGUCCACCAGAGGUCGUGGAGGAGGAACAAACGCCGGCGGAUCUGAAUAAGGAGGAUCGUCUGGUUUGCUGGCCGCCCAAAGCUUCGCUCAGUAAAGCCGGCGUACAGAGUUCAGGUUCAGGCAGCCAGGCUUUGGAGGAGGUGAUGAAGAUGUGGCCUCCUCCUGCUCCUCCAGCUCAGUCCCGAGACGAGAGGAGCGCGUCCAACACCGGUGUCCAUCAGCGGACCGCAGAACCUCCAGCGCAUGGAGAUCCCAGAGCCCCACACCAACACCAUCAGGCCCCCAGAGCGAGCAGCACCGUCCCACAGCCCUCAGAGGAAGGAGAAGAGGAUGUCAGUCGUCAGAACGGAGGCGAUGAAACUCCAGCGGACGAAAGCAGCGCCGCAGCGGAUCCGCAAAGCCGGACGGCUCCUCAGGCUCCAGAGAUGGUGUUGAGCCGGUUUCAAGGCGCUGAGAGUCGGCCUCGUCCGCCGAUCACGCUGGAUAACGCGGUGUGGAGCAAGUCCAUGAGUCCCGAGGACGUCCUGGAGGAUCUGGCGCUGGACUGCUCGAUCCCUCAGACGCUGGUGCUCCCCGCGGACCAGGAGGACUCGGCCAGCAUCGGGCAGUGGGGAGAGCAGCUCGUCUUCUCCUUCCUCACGCACUGGAGAGAGACGGGCGGCCGCUCGGGUCCCAGCGAGAUCACAUGGUUCAACGAGAGGGGCGAGAGCGGGCGCGCCUGCGACUUCAAGCUGAGCUUCCCUGGGUCGGCAGGCGAAGCUGAGCGCGAGAUCUUCGUGGAGGUGAAGACGACGGUCCGGCGAGAUCGGCACUUCAUACACAUGUCUGCGAACGAGCUGGACCUGGCGCUGAAGGAGAGAGAGCGCUACCACAUAUAUCGAGUGUACGGCGCUGGAGAUGUUCGGCACGUGCGCCUCUGUCGCAUCAAGAACCUCGCUCAGCAUCUGCACUCCAAGUCUCUGGAGCUCUUCUUAUUCGUGUAGCCGCUUUUACCCUCAGGUUUUAGAGUCUGUGUUUGUAUUCUUGUGUUUGACUACUAAUGUUUGUACUAUGAGAUUACACAUUUUGCUCCGUUCAAUUGCAUUUGAUCACGUCUUGAAGAACAUGUUUAUAAAAGUGUAACUUCCCUGUUUGAUUAAUUCAGUAAAUGAGUUAAAUGUUCUGAAAAAGAGAGGUCUGAAUGGAUUCACUGGAUGAAAGUCUUUAUGGAUGGAAAGGAAACCGUUUGGUGUUUAAUUAAGGACAAAUGUGGCAUUGCAUACAAACCAUAGAUAAAAAGUGAUGUGUUAAUUAUAACAACAUGGAGGAUAACUAUAAAGCACAAAAACAUGUAAAAAAUAAAAUAAUGCUACAUAUAUACAUAUGUUUAUAACUAUAGUCAUGUUAUAUGAAGUUAUACAGGGAAGUUCUGGUUGUUUACAUCAUCGGAUGUCAUCGUUAUAAAACGCUGAUGUAAUGUUGGAAAUAAAGUGAAUUCGGUCACAAAACGUUCCCCUAACGUUA